UUUGUUUUGUAAGAUUUUUGUUGUUAUUAGAAACUGAUGUACAUAAUGAUAUGGUGUGUUAAGAUAAACAAGAUAAACAUGAUUUAAUCAUGAAUUUUGUGAUACUUAUUGUUCAGUCUUAUACUUGUAUGACAAAUUCAGUAUUUGGUUUUAUAAAAAAUCUACGAAGUCGCAAAACAAUAACAAUAACGUUGAUUAGUUUGAUUUUUUUACUAUACUUGUCAACAUCUUAUCUACUUCCUGCCCAUAGACAUUUCCACACAUCACAAGUGCAGGAUCGUGCUCUAAAUCCAAAAACAUGCUUAGAAAAUUCAAUAGAAAAAUGGAGAAUAUUGAUGCAACAAAGUGAUGCUAUUAUGAAGGAGUAUCCUGGUGCUCCCACAGAGAAUGUAUUUUUUCCAUUUACAGGCAACGGUUUUAUUGGUUUUUCAUCAGAAGGUAGUUUUUCAAAAUUUUUUUUACUUGAUCAAAAAGACUUUACAGAAAUAUCUUUUGCUCCUAUUGUUGAUGUUAAGAUAAGUGAACCCACUUCACAAAAUGAACAAAUUUUAGUUUUAAAUAUUGUUGAGGGUACUGUUCAUCGUCUCACAGGUUACAAAGUGAAUCGAAGUUGUGUAGUGGUAGAAGAAACAUUUUAUGCUCAUCGAUUUCAUAAAAGUUUAUUCAUUCAAAGUAUUGAAGUUACCAAUAGUGCCAAAAUGCCUAUACAUGCUGAGCUUUCUCUUGUAACCAAUUCUGAUAAUACAAAGCAACUAACAAAAAAAAUUGACACUAUAUUUGAUGGUAUAAAAGUAUUAUCAGUUCACGGAGUUGAAGAGCAUGAAACUAAAAUAGUGAACUUUACAAGUGUUAUUUCUAAUUUUCAAGCGCUUCUACGAAUUCCGCAACAGAGUAAAAAUAAAGUUGAUGUUUUGUCCAUCACAAAUUUUUCUUUUAUCCCAAUAAUAACAAGUAACAGAAAUCGAAAAUCGAUUUCCUCUGCUGUCACUAAUCUCUUUCAAAAGGAGUCUUUAGAUCUCUUGACUUCAGUUCUUAACAUCAAAGUAGAAACAUUACUUGAGCAACAUUUGAAAGGUUGGAGUGAGAUAUGGAAGGUCGGCGUUAGUAUUGCUUCGGAUAGUGACCCAGACUCACCUACAUCUCUCCAUGUUAAUCUCACAGAGUAUUACAUUUACAGCAUUUCUGUAUAUAAUCUUUCAUCUAAUAUAUUGCAGAAUGAUUGUUUCAGUGGUCCUCCUACUAUUAGAAAUGCUGCUUUAUGGGUUAUGCCUACUGACCUAAAAAGUCUUUAUCAAAUUAGACAGUCUUGGGAGAAUUUGUUUAGACGUUCUGGUUGUAUUUUGAAUGAUGUUGCAAGUUUUGUUUCUUACAGAGAAGCGAUGGCACUUAGUUUUAUUGGCUUACAAUAUCAACCUUAUCAUCUGCAACUUAGUUUUAACCCUCUUAAUUUGCGCUCAAAUAUCUCAGUGAGAAAUUUACCUUUAACAUUAUUUAAAUCGCGAGAUUUGUUAGGUUUAAAACUGAUUGUAAAUAAAGUCACACCUGACCAGUUUCUGUUAGUAAGUUGUGAUGGACAACAUAACCCUCCUAUUUAUAUUUGCUCAACUGCUUGUAGAAACGUUGUUUUGGUAGGAAGCACAAGUUUAAGUCUUCCGGUGUUUACUACUGAUCCUGUUACACCUCUUCUAUAUAUAUCUACAAAUAAAACUCACUUGCAGAAAUUGGGAAAUACGCCUUUUAUGCUAAUGGCAUUAGAAAAUGCAAAAGCAUCUCAUCAGAGUCAUUUAGAGGCUCACCAUUUUAAACUUUCGCCGAAGUUUUGGCUGUCUAUUGUUGUACUUAUUGUUGCGUUUCACGUGAUUGUUAUUAAAAUGAUUUUUAAUGAAUUUCGUAAAAAGCGAGUUGAGCCCAGAAAGAGGGGGUUUUAUAUAAGUUAGUCUUUGUAUUUUUUUACUUUGUUUACAUGAUUAAAACAAAAAUUU